AACACAAUCCUACAAUUUCAAGAAUCUAUUACUCUCUCUCAUUUUUCACACACUCACAUAGUGAUAACUAAUCUUUACACCUUUUAUUUUUCUUCAAUAUAUAUAUACACCCCCCACCCCCACCCCCACCCCCACCACCCCAACCCACCUACCCUACAAGAUAUCAUGAAGAUUGAAAGUGAGAAACUUAAGAGAUAUGCAUUGUUGUUAGCUGCAAAAGAUUCAGAAUAUGUGAAUAAAAUGUAUGGAGGAUAUUUCAAUGUGUUUGUUGAAGCAUUUGGUGAUAUAGAAUAUGGUGAAAAAUGGGAUUUAUUUAGAGUUGUUGAUGGUGAAUUUCCAAAUAUGGAUGAAAUUAAUAAUUAUGAUGGAUUUGUAGUAAGUGGAAGUCCUUUUGAUGCUUAUGGGAAUGAGCAUUGGAUUCUCAAACUUUGUUUACUUUUGCAAACUUUGUAUCUCAUGCAAAAGAAAGUUCUUGGUAUUUGCUUUGGACACCAGGUUUUAUGUAGAGCUUUGGGAGGAAAAGUUGGAAAAGCUAACAAUGGUUGGGAUAUUGGACUAAGAAAAUUGAACAUUGUGAAGGACUUCUCUUCACAUAACUUUCUUAGUGAUUUGGAGGGAAUUCCACUAGCAAUUUCAAUCAUUGAAUGCCACCAAGAUGAGGUAUGGGAAGUACCAAAGGGAGCAGAAAUAGUAGCAAUUUCAGAAAAAACAAAUGUGGAAAUGUUCAUAAUGGGAGAUCAUAUAUUAGGUAUACAAGGUCAUCCUGAAUAUACAAAAGAUAUACUCUCUAAUCUCAUUGAUCGUCUCCUCUCCAAUGGUUCAAUUGAGAGUGGAUUUGCAGAAGAUGCAAAAUCUAAGCUUUAUAAAGCUGAGCCAGAUAGGAAGUGUUUGGAAAGAAUUUGCAAGAAAUUUCUCAAAAGGGAAAUGGAAUUUAUCAAUGGCAAAAUAUGAUAUUUAAGAACUUGUAUUUUCUUGCUUUUGUAUUUUUUGUAUUUUUUUUUUUUUUAUGUUAUGAUCAAAAUAAUCAAGUGUUAUUUUGAUCACAUAAUUAAAUUAUGUGAAACUAACAAAUGGUAACUAAUACCUUUAUGUACCCUAGUGAUCCAAAUAUAUGUUGUUGAAAUGCAAUUUACAAUACAUGAUC